AUGCUUUCUUUCUUUUUAAAAUCCUUCUUCGAAAACUUUUUCGUGGUUGUUAUCUUUGCUCUCUCUCCGAGUUCUUAUUAUCAGUCGGGUGAAAGUUUCUCAGCUGAGAAAAGAAAAAGAGAGAGCAACCUCACUGAAGAGGAGAGAAUUUCGAACCAGAAAAAUGUGAUAAGCAUGGUUCGUUCGGAUAGUGCAGAAGAGGAUCAAAUCAUCAAUGAUGAUGGAUUUGAUCUAACUGAAGAGGACGAGGAGAUGAUGAGUUCGGGUACAGGUGCAUUACCCGUGACUAUAACCGACUGGAGCUCAAUGACUAACGCACGAAUCGCGCCACCAUCCAUCAUGUCGGCUUCUUCGGCAUUCGAUUUGACGGCUUCUGGAAUGCAGAAUUCGUUGCGUUCUGUCUUGCCUACCUCGACAAUUGGGCAUGCACCAAUGCUCGCCAACCGGUCUCUAUCUCAGCCGGCGCCACUCUCACCAACAUCGCUCGAUCCCGAUAGAAGGAUGCGAAGGCAAAUUGCCAAUUGCAAUGAGCGACGGCGGAUGCAGAGCAUCAAUGCGGGAUUUAUGGCUCUUCGAGCUCUACUCCCGAGGAAAGAAGGGGAGAAGUUGUCGAAGGCAGCGAUUCUGCAACAAACUGCUGAUAUGGUUCAUCAUCUGAUGGGACAGAAAGGGGAUGAUAUCCCAGAUGGGGGAGAACCGAAGAAACUCAAACUUGAAGAAAACCACCAAGACGCUGACCAACUGGCUCAAAUUGCCCGUCUUACAACUAUUCUAGAAACAGAACGUGCCGCCCGAAAAUCCUUAGAGAAACAAGUAAUUCAGCUCCGUGAGCUGCUAGCAAUGACCACGACGUCAUCUCAAGCAUCGUCUCCAGUGACUCCCAUUUCCACGGGAUCUGGAUUCACUCUACCAUCGUCGUAUGCUUCAUCGGCUCUUCCAACUCCAUUGAGAGAGUCUCCAGAACGGAAACCAUCAUUCCACGACUCAACAAGUACUCCGUUAUCACUACUGACUCUGAAUGGAUCACCAACGUCAUCUGAAUCAUUAGUGGCUCCUCGAAUACUUCAUCCUUUGCCGAGUCUGGAAAAUACCGUAAUCCGUCCGACACCUCUUCCACCAAUAUCUGUAGAAGUGUCAUCACCAUCACUGUCAACACCAUCGCCGUUGACGGCCGCCGCUCCGAUAAUCUUCUCAUCAACGGCGCCUCCUCAACCCAGUAUUUUGUUCCAAACGGUCACUUCGGCCAUGUCAACUGGUAAUUCAACACCCGUCGGAUUACCACAUCAUCUGCAGGGACAUAAUUCAGCGUUUGUAAGCACACAACCGAGUAUGUCAUUGCAUCAAUCAAUGCAAACAAUUGUUGAAGCGAUUCGUCAUCUGGAGGGAAGUCACUUCAUUCCAACAUCUCCUCCGCCAACUUCACAGACAUCACUCGUUCGUUGA